AUGGCGAUGCAGUGCACCGGUGCGGGAGGCAACACUGGAGGUCACUCCGAGAGUCUUGUGACAGAUCUGUGGCCAGGCCCGAGCCCCUGUGUUCUGUAUCGGCGGCUGAGGGCAGGGUCCUUCUGGACAGGUCACAGCAGGAGGAACUCCCUCGUGAUCUCUACGCCAUCCCACCACAAAGCAAAUUCAAUUGAAAAUGGGGCUGCCAGUGUCUUCGAGUUCUGGUUCCAGGCCACCAAGAUUAGUGACAACAAGGAUGAGGAGUCAGCCAUCUUAUUCCAGAAAGUUCGCACCGAGAGACUCUACGGGCCUCUCACGAAGAAAGGUUCAGUGAAGAGAGUGGACUUUGUGUCAAGUGCCAGAAGGGAAUUAUGGGCCAAAUUACCACGGGUGAUAUGUCCUGGAAGGAACCCCGCUGCCAAGCUGGCUAUACACGACCUGGUAGCCAAUAAAGGUGUUGAGGUCCAAACAGACCGGAAGGAAGGAGGAUGUUUGGCUGGCGUCAUACAGUCCACUGGUCCUUGCCAGGAUCUGGGGACCAUUGUACAGGAUGCCAAGACCAUGAUGAGGAUCGGAAGGUCUAACACAACCAUCAGCAGAACAUUGGAGCGAGGGCAAAAGCCCCAUUCAGAAGGAGGUUCACUUAGCAUUCAGAUUGUACAGAAGGCAACCAGGCAGGAUGCUGAUAUGAUCAAAGAUUUGCAGGUUGUUUGUUUUACCAACAGCGGAUCCGAGGCGAAUGACCUUGCCCUUCAUAUGGCUCGGUUGUACACUGGUGUGUACGAUACUAUAUCUCUAAGGAACGCCUACCAUGGAAUGAGUCCCUACCUGAUGGGUCUGACAGCUAUCUCCACCUGGCGUUACAACACACCCACAGGAUUCGGGAUCCAUCAGGCGAUGAACCCAGAUCCAUUCCGUGGCCCCUGGGGCGGAGCCAGGUGCCGAGACUCUCCAUCUCAGACAAUCCGGUCAUGUAACUGCGCAGAGGGUGAGUGUGAGGCCUCUGACCUGUACGUGGAACAGCUGGAAGAUACCAUCCGAUUCUCCAUGCCCAAGGACAAAGUGGGGGCCUUCUUUGCCGAGUCUGUGCAGGGAGUUGGUGGUGCUGUACAGUUUCCCAAGAACUACCUAAAACGAGCGUUUGAGCUGGUUCGCUCUAAAGGGGGACUGUGUGUAUCUGAUGAGGUGCAGACAGGAUUUGGUCGAAUGGGCAGCCAUUACUGGGGCUUUGAGACGCAUGAUGUCAUCCCAGACAUCGUUACCAUAGCUAAAGGGAUGGGGAACGGUUUCCCCAUGGCGGCUGUCAUCACGACUCCCGAGGUCGCUGACGUGUUGGGGAAGGCGCUUCACUUCAACACAUUCGGCGGCAACCCAGUAGCAUGUGCAGUCGGGUCAGAAGUUCUGGAUGUGAUAGAUGACGAGAAGAGACAGGAGCACUGCGCCGUGGUGGGGACUCGACUCAUACACAAGCUGCGGGUUCUACAGGAGGAGUUCGACUUUGUGGGUGAUGUGCGAGGCAAAGGACUGAUGAUUGGUGUGGAGAUGGUCACUGACAAGAAAUCGAGGAAGCCGAUGUCGGGAGAUGAUGUAGGAGACAUCUGGGAGGACACCAAGGACAUGGGCAUCCUGUUGGGCAGGGGAGGACUAUACGGAAUCUUCCGGAUCAAACCACCAAUGUGCAUCACGGACGAAGAUAUUGAUUAUGCUGUUGCCAUCAUGAGAAGAGCUUUCGAGAAUUAUGCUGUCCGCAGAAAGUAGUCGUCAAAUUUGAGAGAAUAAUCCAGUAUUUGACCCUAGUCUCCAUUAAAAUGGUCCUCAUGCACCCAGAAAGCAAGGCUUUGUCUAUAAACUCUGUGGAUCUCUGUAUUGUAGGAACAGUCCCCGUGAAAACUGAAGAAUCUUAAUAGUGCAUUUUACAAUAAAUUGAGAUCACUACCUCAAGUCUUUAUGCUAUGUUCAUGGUCAACAAUGAAAGUUAAUCCCAGAUAUAACAAGUGUUACAGGAAUUAUGAACUUUUUUAUUCACUUCCGCAAGUAUACUAAGUACUAUAGCGUGACUUUUUCCUAUUUUAUUGUCUGAGGGACAGUAAAUAUGUACUUAGAAUCUCCUCUGGUAUGGAUUGUGUUCACCAUGUUUAAUGUCCAACACAAACUGUUCACGCGUCAGGAGUCAUAUUGUCAGUCUAAUCACCGGCUGAAAUUCACUGACCAAUAACCAGACUGUCAAACCUGUGGAAUCUAUUUAACCAGGUUGCAGCAAUGAAUGUAAGUGAAGCAUAUGUUCUUUUGACUAUGAUGUCAAUGCAUUGUUACCUAGAUUUUAAUACAUACCAUUAAUGAUAUGGUUAUGUGAAUUAAAGUUAGUGCACCUUGCUCAACAGAAUACACAGUGACCACAUUUUCAUUUGUAUAGUGAGAUUUAGUCAAUUAGAAUUUUGAAAUACCUGUGAAAAUUGUUCAAGCCAGAUCACA